CAGCAGGGGGCGGUGAUGCAUCAAAUUAGGCUUGCCGACGGCAAAAAGAAGAAACUGUUGCAAAACUCUCCUUCAAAAUAUCAGCAAGAGCCAGCAUAGAUAACGUACUCGAUAACAUCAUGCUUUCAGCAAACAUCGCUAAAAAGGUUGCUUGUACUAUUUACCGGGCAUCACUGCGGCCGGCUGUCAGCACGGUGAUAUCUCGGGGUUACCGUGGCGAUGCUCCAGAACCAACCAUGAUUGAGAUCCCCUUACCUCCGUGGCAGGAGAGGCCCGGCGAAUCCCUGGAGAUCAAAAAGAAAAGACUCCUUUAUGAGAGCCGUAAGAGGGGCAUGCUGGAGAACUGUAUCCUUCUUAGCCUUUUUGCAAAGCAGUACCUGAACACAAUGAGCGCAGCUCAGCUGAAGCAGUACGACAGACUCAUCAAUGAACCGAGCAAUGACUGGGACAUCUAUUACUGGGCCACAGAGGCCGUGCCGACACCAGACGUUUAUCAGGGCGAGGUGAUGGACAUGCUCAAAGAGUUCACCAAAAACAAAAACAUGGAACAACGUCUAGACGCACCAAAUCUGGAAUACCUGGACAAGAAACUUUAAAACUCACCUGUACAUCAGAGACUCUUCUAGCAGAUCAGAGCUGAUGGAGACCUAAUACACAGACACAGGUCCUAUUCAAAACCACUGACAUAAGGAUUAAAAAACACAUUUAUGUAUUGUACAAAUUGUUUGUACAUCCAAAUAAACUGUCUAAGAACUGGUAUGACACAUCAGUGUAAAUGAUACCGUAUACUAUUUGUAUAUAAUUGUAUAAAUAGUUAAUAAUAGUAAUGUUGAUAGUGUAUCCCUAUAAGACAUAUAUAACAUGAGAGCAUUUGAAUAAACGGUAUGGUGAUGAUAACACAAAAAGAAUGACUAUUUUUUCACCAAUGAAAAACACCAUAUCUGAAAAAUAAACAAUUGUGUACUUAUAAAGAUGGCUUGAAUUAAAAUUUUAGAAGA